ACUUUGGGUUUGGGGUGAAACCGAGUGUAGAUAACCGUAGCUAUUUCUCCACUGUUUUCUCUCUCCAAACCAAAACCAGUGAAGUAUGUGAAAAGCAAACCCUCUCUCUUUCUCUCAGAUUUCCAUAUUACUACGACAACCACUAUUGCUUUCUAUCUAAUCCAAAAUAAAUAACAUUAUAUUCUGCCAUAUCGCAUAAAACUAUUAAUCUUUUUAUAUUAAAAAAAGAAAAUUAAGAAAGACGAAAGGUAUGGUAUUAUUUAGGUGAAUAAUAAUUUUAUAUUUAUAGAGUGUGGUAGUUCUUCUGGUUGGUGAUUGAUUGUUCUUUAUUGUCUCCAUUAAUCUUUUUUAUCUAUUUUUUUUUCAGGAGGAAAAACCCUAAGGUUAAAGGAUCGCUUAUUAUUUGCUCCAAGUUCCUAGAUCUUGACUCGGUUGGAGUUAGCUUGUCGAUCUGUUGUGUUGACUCAAUGUCGAACACCGACUGAUUCGCCGAGAAGUUGAAAUGACGAGGAAACUUUUUUCUUUCUUUCUUGAUUGAGUAUUUCAAUGUUAAUCUAUGAAAAUGUCGGCUUCGUUAGCGGCAUUCGAGCGGCCAAAGGGGGGAACCUCCAACAUGGUUUUCAAGAGUGGCCCACUUUUCAUAUCCUCAAAAGGGAUUGGUUGGAAAUCUUGGAAGAAGAGGUGGUUUAUUCUCACACGUACAUCCUUGGUGUUCUUUAAAAGUGAUCCUAGUGCCCUACCACAGAGAGGUGGCGAAGUUAACUUGACUUUGGGGGGUAUUGACUUGAACAAUUCUGGAAGUGUUGUUGUUAGAGAAGAUAAAAAGUUGUUGACUGUAUUGUUUCCUGAUGGACGUGAUGGACGGGCAUUCACUCUUAAGGCAGAAACAUCAGAAGAUUUGUACGAGUGGAAGACAGCUCUAGAACAUGCCCUCACACAAGCGCCAAGUGCUGCACUUGUCAUGGGACACAAUGGGAUUUUCAGAACUGACACGACCGAUACAAUUGACGGGUCAUUCCAUCAAUGGAGAGACAAACACACUGCUAAGUCAUUGGUUGUUGGAAGACCGAUUUUGCUUGCGCUUGAAGAUAUUGAUGGGAGUCCAUCAUUCCUAGAGAAAGCUCUACGAUUUCUUGAGAAGUUUGGAACUAAAAUUGAAGGAAUUCUACGUCAGUCUGCAGAUGUUGAGGAGGUUGAUCGCAGAGUUCAAGAAUAUGAACAGGGCAAGACUGAAUUUGGUUCUGAUGAGGAUGCUCAUGUUGUGGGAGACUGUGUUAAGCACGUUUUGAGGGAGCUACCCUCAUCCCCUAUUCCUGCAUCCUGCUGUACUGCAUUGCUGGAGGCUUACAAAAUUGAUCGGAAGGAAGCUCGGAUAAGUGCAAUGUGCUCUGCAAUAUUUGAGACAUUUCCUGAACCAAACCGCCGCUUGUUACAAAGGAUUCUGAAGAUGAUGCAUACAAUCUCAUCCCAUUCUCAUGAGAAUAGAAUGACCCCAUCAGCUGUAGCUGCUUGCAUGGCCCCCUUGCUUUUACGUCCUUUAUUAGCUGGUGAAUGUGAGUUAGAGGAUGACUUUGAUGCUAAUGGUGAUAAUUCUGCACAGCUUCUUGCUGCUGCAAAUGCUGCCAAUAACGCUCAAGCCAUCAUUGCAACUCUUUUGGAGGAGUAUGAGAACAUUUUUGAUGAUGCAAAUCUACAAAGAUGUUCUGUUUCAGCUGAUUCUCGGGUUGAAAAUAGUGGUAGUGAGGAUUCAACUGAUAAUGAAAAUCCAGAUGUGAAAGACAAUGGCUACCAUGAUGCAGAAAAUGAAGCCAGUCCGGACUCAGAUGAAGACCCUGAACGUGUUCUCAGUGGGAAAUUAAGUGAAAGCAGCGGUUAUGCAGGCAGUGAUCUGUAUGACUGCAAGGCAUUUGGGUUUGAGGGUUCAGAUGUUGCCUCCCCUAGAAGCAAUAAUACUCAGGCUGAGAGUUCAACCUUAGCUGUAGACCCUUUGCAGAUGCGAUGUCCUGAUCCUCAGCUGGAGGAACAUGAUAAACAAAAUAAAGGAAAUGAAAACCUAACUGAUGAGAUAGAUGUCCCAAGUGUGUUACCUACUGGUGAAUCUUACCAAUCAAUGGGUGAGAUUCUUUCUUCAAUGGAUCCUGGCCAUCUUAUAUCUGCACCUGAACUUGAAUCUUCUACUGAGAAGCCAGUUGGUAAAGCUAGAGGCUCCGGCAUUCCUGCGAAGAAAUCAACAUUUUGGGGAAGAAGCAAUGCCAGAAAGACACCAUCAAUGGAAUCUGUUGAUUCUUCUGGUGAAGAAGAACUUGCUAUACAGAGGCUUGAGAUUGCUAAGAAUGAUCUACAACAUCGUAUUGCAAAAGAGGCUAGAGGAAAUGCUAUUUUACAAGCUAGCUUGGAAAGAAGAAAGCAAGCCUUGCAUGAACGUCGCUUGGCACUUGAACAAGAUGUUUCUAGAUUGCAAGAGCAGUUGCAAGCUGAAAGGGAUCUUAGAGCAGCCCUUGAAGUUGGAUUGAGCAUGUCAUCUGGACAAUUUUCUAGUUCUCGUGGAAUAGAUUCCAAGACGAGGGCUGAGCUAGAAGAGAUUGCUCUUGCUGAAGCUGAUGUGGCUAGAUUGAAGCAGAAAGUUGCAGAACUCCAUCAUCAGCUGAAUCAGCAGCGACAACAUCAUUUUGGUUCACUAUCUGAUGCAUGUGACCAUUAUCAACAUGUCCAAAAUCGUAACUCUGAACAGAGGUUUCUUCAGCAAGAUUUUGAUACAACCCUUGCCUUUUGUAAUCAUGAGAGGAAACAUAGAACUGAGGAAAGUUUGUUAGGGUCAGAUUGGAGGAAUGUGAAAGGACGGGAAUUGGCAGUUGGCAACAGCAGCCGACCGCCUACUCGAAAGCAGUUGGUGGAGUCAUCAAGCUUGAGUGACUCAAAAGGCACUGAGCUGUCGGCUAAUACGUCUAUGGAUGAGGUCAACUCUACCUCUAUCCCGUCCACUGCAAGAGCAGCAGAGGUACUUGAUUAUCCAAGACAGCCUUCGGCAGCUUCAUCAGCGCUGGUAGAAUUAACAAGCCGUCUUGAUUUUUUCAAGGAAAGGCGUUCCCAACUAAUAGAACAGCUUCACAACCUUGAUCUGAACUAUGGAACAUCCUCCCAGGAUUUUUUAUACAAUCCACCACCACCGCCCCCAUGGAACUAACCAAUGAAUGCCUUGUUGUACAUCUUAAAUUGUUGCAUGUAAACUAAUUUUACUCUCAUCUUUUGGGGAUUGUGAAGGUGAUUCGAGUUGUAUUCAGGAUGUUUGAAUUUUUGUAUGGGAUGGUGUAUAACAAAAAACCAUUAGCCUUGUCAAUAGUAUAAGGAGCUUGAGAGGUAUGUCUGUUUG